AUGCGAUCAUGGUUCUAUACCAAAUAUGGAGACGCUACGGUUAUGCAGACAGGUGAACAGCCUAUUCCCGAGCUGCGCGGACCAAAGGACGUUGUCAUUAAAGUGCAUGCAGCUGCGCUUAAUCCUAUUGACUAUAAACGCCGCCAAGGAGUGUUGAAAAUGCUGCUGCAGCAGACGUGGCCUCACAUUGUUGGCUAUGACUUCUCUGGAGUAGUCAUUCAUUGUGGAAACAAGGCAGACAGGUUUAAAACAGGCGAUGAGGUGUUUGGUAUGCUACCACAUAAUGGCAAUGGAGCUUUGGCGGACUUUGUUGUCGUGCGAUCAGAGUACAUUAGCAUGAAGCCGACGAAUUUGACUCAUGUGGAAGCUGCAGCUUUGCCACUUGCGGGACAAACAGCUCUCCAGAGCUUUCGAUUGGGCCAACUGGCGGAGAAUAAGAAGGUGCUGAUUACUGGCGGAGCUGGCGGCGUUGGCUCUAUUGCUAUUCAAAUUGCCAAGGCUGUCUUCAAGGCACAAACCGUUGCGACAACCUCAAGUACCAGAAAGCUGGAUAUGAUGCGUCUACUUGGAGCAGAUAAGGUGGUGGACUACGGACAUGAGCGUUUCGAACGCCAACUGCUGGAGUACGACUUUGCUCUAGAUUGUACAGGAGAGGCCAAGCAGUGCCUUGAUUCCAUCACACGCGGUGGAGCUGUUGUGUCGAUCUCAGAGACGCCAACGUGGAAAUCGAUUUCAGCCUGCGGCGAUUGCCAAGGCGUGAGCGUCUCUUACUUUUUGGGCGCUAUCUUGGACUGCCUGAGCAGCUCAGUUUCGCGCCGUGCAUGCCGCGCUCAGGUCACCUAUGAUUACUUGUUUGUGGUAGCCGAUGGCGCUACUAUGGACGACAUUUGCCAACUUGCGAAGCGGGGAAUGAUUAAACCUGUAAUUGACAAAGUAUUUCCGUUUGAAAAGGCCAACAUGGCUAUGGAAUACUUGGAAGCAGGUCACGCCAUGGGAAAAGUUGUUGUGCAGCUCGUUGAUUGCACCAAGGGGAGUUACAACAUAUACAAGAGUACGGCAUUGUCCAAGCGUUGGAUGUUGCGACUGGGUACUCUUGUUUCCAGCUUUGAAGUUGUCGUGAAAGAACUUGCCGGCUACACGUAA